GAUCCGGGGCGGAAAAGCUGUAUUUGUAACCGGAAGUGCUUUGGUUUUGUGUGGAGAGAAAAACUGCCCGCUAAGACAAACGCGCUGUAUCAGGAUACCGGUGCUGGAGGAGCUGCCGGGACAGCAAACCGCGGUGUUUCGGUUCGGUGUCGGUGUGCUGACGGGCGGCUGGCGGAGCGGCGGGCGGCUGAGCGGCGAGCUUGGUGCGGGUGUCAUGGCGACCGGAGGCGGACCGCAGGCGCCGCAUGUCGGCGAUGUUGAGGAAGAUGCUUCGCAGCUGCUUUUCCCUAAAGAGUUUGAGAACGCGGAGACGCUGCUGAACUCGGAGGUGCACAUGCUGCUGGAGCACCGCAAGCAGCAGAACGAGAGCGCCGAGGACGAGCAGGAGCUGUCCGAGGUUUUCAUGAAGACCCUGAACUACACGGCCCGCUUCAGCCGCUUCAAGAACCGAGAGACCAUCGCCAGCGUCCGCAGUCUCCUCCUGCAGAAGAAGCUCCACAAGUUUGAGCUCGCCAGUUUAGCCAACCUGUGUCCCGAGGCAGCAGAGGAGGCCAAGGCCCUGAUCCCCAGUCUGGAGGGUCGCUUCGAGGACGAGGAGCUGCAGCAGAUCCUGGACGACAUCCAGACCAAGAGAAGCUUCCAGUACUGAGGGAGGAGAGCCCGCCGCCCGCCGGAGUCACGCCGCUUUUCAAACUGCGGCCCGGGACCCCGGGGCGGCUCCCGCUGGGACGCCACGCGGCCGGCAGCGGUUUGUCUCCUUCAUCCUGACACUCCCGGCCCGAGCUCCAUCAGGACUUUGUUUUUCUGUCUGGUUCAGGACGGCUGGACCGCCGCAGGCCGUCUGAUCACAGCCUGGAAACUCCCAGCAUGCAUCACUGUCCUCCACACUGCCUCUGUCUGCUCUUUACUGAACUGCGGUCCUGACAUUCCCUUUAGUUUGACAAUAAAAGCUGUUGUUUUGUAAGA